CUGCUUAGCCAACACACGCACACCUCGCCUACCAAAUUUGAUGCAAAGGACCAAAGCCCAUCCCUUGAACACCCUCACCAGACACCAAUACUACACACACUCUCUCUCUCUUAAUCCGAAUUUCUCCAAGGGAAAAUCAAUGGAGCUCACUCCCAAGCAGCUGGAAGCCUACGAUGGCUCCGAUCCGUCGAAGCCCAUCUAUGUGGCCGUUCGCGGCAACAUCUACGACGUCACCACCGGCAAGUCCUUCUACGGCCCCGGCGGCGCCUACGCCGUCUUCGCCGGCAAGGACGCCAGCCGCGCCCUCGCCAAGAUGAGCAAGGACGAGAGCGACGUCGUUCCUAACCUCGACGGCCUCACCGAAAAGGAGAUCGGCGUUCUCGUUGACUGGGAGAAGAAGUUCCAGGACAAGUAUCGUGUCGUUGGCACCGUUACCAAUAAUUAGGGGUUUUUUCAUAUAUUGACCUAAUUUGAUGAUAUGGAUUGAUUGAUUGAUGUUUCGAUCAAUCGGUGUAUUUAUGGAACCGCAAGCUUUUCAUGUGUUGUUUGUUGUAUUUAUGUGGAUAUUUUGUUGAAUGAUAAAUAAAUUGCAGUGCUGAAUAUUGUUGUUUAA